UGUAUCUCACACGGGGCUUGAACAGCCUCCCAUGCUUAGCUGGUUAUAAUAAUAGCGAGGUGACCUGGUUUCAGCACCCCCCGGUUCGCUAACAGCUCCAGAGCGCGGCGGAGAUUUGGUCAGCCCCUCCCCGCCCGGUGCGUCUCACACAGCGGGUAACCAGGGCGCAGCCUCCGCGGACAGUUUCAGCACGAGAGGCGCGGAGCUGUCCACGCAUUCAGCACUUUUCUUCAGCUGGAGGUGGAAACAAGACGGCGAAGAAGCAAAGGCAGCUGGGAUAAAGGCUAAGGACCUUACGAGACCGCGUAUUUCAGGAUGGCGUCAAAAUACGUUGGCCUCUUCGUCUUUUUCCAGCUUCUAGCCCUGAAUGUAGUGAGCCAGAUAUCUGCCUUCCCCACACCUACUACAGCCUCUACGGAUGAUAAAGCUGUGUACAAUAGACAGCUGACAGAAGAAAGACCUCUACAAGAGCAGAUUGCUGAGGCGGACAGUGUAAAGGCUGCAGUACAGUCGGCUGAGAGCAAGCGUUCAUCUGCCUCCAAGGAGUCCGAGUCACAGCAGGACCUUGAUGAUUUAACUGUGCUGAAAUCACUGGCUGAUGGGCAGAAAUCUAAAGAGUCCACAGAGAUGCCGGCCAAGAAAGACAUCCAGUAUGUUCCAGAUGAAUCUGACUCGACCAAGAGCCGACGUCUGGCCGAGGACUACGACUCCACAAAAAACGGGAUGGACUACGGCAAGUACCAGGAUGAUCCAGAAAGCUUUCGUCAAGUGGAUGGCACUCCACUGACGGCAGAGGACAUUGUUCAAAAGAUCGCAAACAAAAUCUAUGAGGAGGACGACAGAGGAGUGUUCGACAGAAUCGUCUCCAAACUGCUAAAACUGGGUCUGAUCACAGACAGCCAGGCUGAAACUCUGGAGUACCAGGUGGCCGAGGCUCUGCAGGAUCUCAUCACUAAAAACGCCAAGAACAACGAGAUUGAGGACAUGGAGAGCAAUGACCAAGGACCCAGGGGAGAGCAGGAUGACCAGGGUUCAGACACAAACUCGGACACGUGGGAGUCACCCAGGCGCCGUUUCAACGAUGAGGACGAUGAGGAAGAAGACGAUGAGGUCGAGGAUGAGGUUGACAGAGAUGCAGAGGAAGAGGAGGGUGAUGCAGGAGACAACACCUGGGACAAAGAUACUGAUGAGGGCAACGAGGUGAGACCUGAAGAUGGGCUCCAGGACCUGCAGUACUUCCCCAACUUCUAUCGUCUCCUCAGGAGUCUCGAUUCAGAAAAAGACACAGAGGAGAGAGAGACAUUGAUCACCAUCAUGAAGACGCUGAUUGACUUUGUGAAGAUGAUGGUGAAGUACGGCACUAUUACACCAGAGGAGGGAGUGUCCUAUCUGGAGAACCUGGAUGCUAUGAUCGCCAUGCAGACCAAGAACAAGCUGGGAAAGUCCCUCGUGCCUCCUGAUUUCACUGGACCCAACGGAAAAAUCUUGGAUGAGGACGACAACACCAAAGCUGAAGCGGCCAAGAUGCAGAAGGAGUACGAGAACCUCAAAGACUCAACCAAGGAGGAGCAGCCUUCAACUGAGACCAAUCAGCCCGGCAAAUCAGAGACGUAUUUAGAGGCUAUCAGAAAGAACAUUGAGUGGCUGAAGAAACACAACAAAGAAGAAGGCAAAGAUGAUUAUGAUCUGUCCAAGCUGAAGGACUUUAUGGACCAGCAGGUUGACUCAUACAUCGAGAAAGGCAUCAUUGCUAAGGACGAGGGCGACACCAUCAAGAGGAUCUACAGCAGCCUGUAACAUGUCAUCCUUCCUGGUCUGAAUACACAGGACUGAAUCUGAUUUUAAGAACUCCAACCAAACCCUGAUUAUUAACAGUUAUUCCCUGUGGCAUGGUAAAGUAUAUACUGUGUAUUUAAAUCUACCUGCUAAGGGGAACUCUUCAACCCUCCCACACAUUCCCACGUUUCAAGACAAGUGAUAAAAUAAUAAAAGAAUAGACUUACUCGACAGAUACCUAACUGAUAUUUGCACGCCAAGAUUGCAGUGUAAUACUAAGUUAAAUAUAGUUGUUAAGAGAAAGAUUGAAGUAUUUUACUUUACCAACUUGCAACUAAAAUGAUACCAUUUACUCCAACCUAUGGGAAAAGAAUGUUAUGAGUACAAUGCCAUAGCGCCACUCUUUCCAAUUAAUUUUUUGCUACAAAUUACACAUAUAUCAAACUGUACUCAUUCUGUGUAAUCUGUCUUAGCCUAUUAUAUUUCUUUUUCCAGUGUCUAUGUAAUAUCUUUAUGUAUUUCUUGCUUUUUAUUUUACCAAAAAAUAUAUUUGUUGUGUUUCAUGUUGAUGCCCUCUGAACUCCUGUAUUCAGUUCUGCUGUAAUCCUUCUGGAGCCCACUAGAGGGCAGUGUCUGUACCAUCUAUUCUCUCUGCAUGUCUCUGUGAGUUCAGCAUUUCCAUCUCUGUAGAGCCAGAAGAGAAGUAUUUUUAAAUGUAAAUA